CGAAGCGGCAGACAGAGACAAGACACAGAUAAUCUGCUGUAAAAAGAAGACUAGAUAUAUGAUGGGGAUCCCUUGGAACUUCCUCCAAAAUUCCAAAUUUAAGACCAGAGAAUUAGUCCAGAGCAUCACCGUGGUGAUUGUGCUUCAGGCUACGGAGUUGCUGACAGAGGUACAUUUCACCUGCCAGUGUAACAGCUGGAGUACCGUGUUUGUCUGGCUGUACUUCGCCAUGCCAGCUGUUGGAUUCAGCACAUUUGUCUGGUCCCUUCAGCAGAGGAAAAUCUUCAGGACAAAAUCCUGUGGCGAAGAUUGCACCUGCAUCAAAUGUUGCACAGCAGGACAGAUGUGCAAAUGUAUUCUGUCCUGCUGGAAGAUGCUGUACCCAGGUCUGUGCUGGAUCGUGAUUCUUCUGAUCGAUGGAAAGUACGCAGCCUGUGCACUGUACAGAGGAUGCCAGGAAGACAGCAGUGCAGAGCUCACUGUGAAAGAUCUGGCGUACAACAUUCUCAUAUCCAAGACAAUUGGAUUUGUUGUGCUUGCUGCAAUUGUGCUGUCAUAUCUCAUCUACCUGCUCUUGGGUUCCUGCUGCCAAUCACAUGAGGGUCGGUAUGAGAAGAUAUACAGGGCGCAGCUGAAGAAAGACAGAGAGAAGUUGGCAAUGCAGUACAUAAAGAAGUGCUCGGAGAAGAGAGCAGCUCGGUAUGAGAGAGAGGUGGAGGAGGAGACUAAGGACAUACUGGCAGGUGGGGGUGAGGCCCUUCCUGGAGGGAGCAGCUCAGAGCGUGGAGACCAGAGUGUGCCUGUACCGCAGCCUGCAGGUGGAGGUGCAGGUGCAGGUGGAGGUGCAGGUGGAGCACAUAUUGCAUUAGCUCCAGAAAACGUUUUGAAAAUCAUAGGAACGGCAUGUAAUUUAGAAAUAAAGAAAAAAUGAGAAAAAGAAAGUGAAACGAGAAAUCAACGCCAGGUCUGCACCGCGUUUCCUGUUGACUCAAUUCCUGUUAUGGUUCCCCACGUCGUCUCCAGGUGAAGCACAGCUAAAACAGUGCAUUAUGAAAACCUGCAUGCUAAAAACUGCCAUAUUACCUGCCCGGGCUUUCUCAUAUUCAUUAUCACAAUAUUACCUGCCCGUGCUUUCUUCCAUUCAUUAUUACCCUAUUACCUGCUCAGGCUUUCUUGUAUCGAUAGCAUUCCUUCAACCCUCGUGCCUCAAUGAUUUAAUAAAACAAAAUCAAAGAAAUAAAAAAAAAUUCAAAAAAAGCAAUAGGCUUGUUUUGUUUAGGAUGUACUGUUAUAGAGAUGGAUGGCAUGACCUUUGCUAUGUUUUCCACAGAAAUAAAGCUAGUUUAAAAAACA